UAAGCUUUCUAUAGUUUUCAGUGUAGAAAAAAUUAAAGAAAAAUAUUUUUAAUAGAAAUUGAAAAUAAAAAUAAAAUUUUUCCCCUUUCUGUAUUCAAGAAAAAGAAAUGAAACGACAAAGGGGAAAAAAAAGUGAAUAGAUGGACCUGCGAGCAGACUGAAAUAUGAUUGAAAUUACUUCGUUUUCCCCUAGAAGUCAAACAAUGAAGCACUUUAUUGUCUGUAAACUAAGCAGGUGGAGAGAUUUGUGUUCCUGAAGAGCGAGGUUGGCCCAGUGGGUGGGGCUUAGUGUAAUGGCUCCGUUCUCCACUAGAUGGCGCUGCUCAGCUUACUGGUGUGAAUUGUGGCGCCUGUAGGUGUGUACACGCAUGCGCGGGAGCAGUGAAAAUGGCGUCACCCAGCUACCCAGUCUCUAGUGUUGUAACUCUGUUCUGCCGGACCCCCAAUUGCGCACCGGUCCUUUGUCUCCAGCUUCCAUCCACUCCCCGCUUUUACACAGUCCUGACCAAGUCCCAGGCAGCACCUCUCUCCUGAGUUUUCUCUCAGAUGUGGCCGUGUUUCCCGACCCCUUACUUCUGAAGGGCUGCGGCUUUGACCCAUCCUGCCCCUCUGCGAAAGGGUCUCACCGAGCAGUGGCCGGGUGCUGGCCACACCCAGGAAUGUUCGCGGGAUCAUGCUGCUGCCGAAGCCCAGAGACCGCGGCCGGCCGGGUGCCAGCCCCCCCCAGAAAGAGUUCACGCGAUCGUGUAGCAGCAGCGCUUCAGGGAUUAUGGAAAAACACAACACGCGUCUGUCACCAGGCUUCACCCCCAGCGACCUUGUUCCAGCACCAGCGAAUGUGGUUGUUCUCCCGGGUCCACUGGGGCACACAGCCUCUACCAGAUGUCCUCCAGAGAGGGAAACCGCCUCUCCCCUGUGGCCCGAAGACCCCCGGACUUCGCUCUGCUCCUGGGGAUUCACCCUUCUCACCAGAGCACCGCCAGCAGCAACUGAAAAGGGGAAAAACAUCCUGACAGUAUAUAUUCAGACACAUACGGUCAGCAUCAUGAAGCUCUGGAUGCCUCAACUCAUGACUUUCCUCUGUAUGGUGCUACCGUCUGUGCUGGGAGUGAUAAAAGAAAAACACAACUGGGCUGAAAUGUUACUUGAGGAGUGCUGGGGACAGCCAAAUGUCCUUGAAUGCACAAAGAAGUGUUCUGGAACCUUUAAAUGUAUAAACAAAAAUCACACAUGCUGCUGGACCUAUUGUGGAAACAUCUGCUGGAAAAAUAAAGAAAUCUUUGAAAGACGUCUAAAACCCUAAUCUCCCAGCUGGACACCAGUCUGUUCUCACUGAGGGCUGGGCAGGAGCAAAUCCUUGACAAAUAAACUCAUUUAUCAACAGUGGCUUUUAGCUUUUUCAACUCCAUUUCACUACUUUUUUUUUUAACUUUAUUUUUUAUUUUUAAAAAUUUUCAUCCAAAUUAGUUAGCAUAUAGUGAAGCAAUGAUUUCAGGAGUAGAUUCCUUAAUGCCCCUUACCCAUUUAGCCCACCGCCCCAACAGAUCUCAAUGCCUGGCCUCCCUGGGCCCUCUCCAUUGUCUGCAGCCAGGAACCUGUAUCCCUUGUAAGUCAUGGCUUGGGUGAAGCUACCCCCCAUAGAAUCUACACUCUGAGAACUCAGCAAAGUCUGAGACAUCCCGCAGACCCUCUCACUCCCCAGGAUUUGCAGGGUCCAGAGAAGAAGAUGACCUGUCACUUGUCCCCCUCUCUUCUGUGCCUGUCACUGUGUCCAGGACCCCUGCCCCUUCCCAGAAAAUACCACUUGCACUAUUUCCCUUCCGCUGCCACCAUCCUGGUCCCUCUGAUGAGAACUUCGACUUGACACCCCAAAACUUACUUUCCCAGGGCCCUUUCUUUCUGUACCCAUUCCCAUCAAUAUUACUGGAUGUUUACAGGUCACGGAAGUACAGAAAUCCAAGAAUAGUUGUUUGGUUUCCCCAAGUGAUUCUCAGCCCUGAUGUACCUUUCACUACUGAGUGUACUGUUUAGUGUCUGGGUACUUGGGAUGGAGAGUCAAAAGACAUAGUUUCCCCCUCCACUCCCAUCAGUGUUCCUGGUGCUGCGUAAAGGGGCCAGAGGGCUAUCGUUUGGGAAGACCCAGAAUCUUCAUAGUGCUGUGGUCAGAGUGAUGAGGGACCAUAAGGCAGGCUGAGGGCCAAGCACAAGCUAGCAUCACCCCCCACCCCCAGGUGGGAUAUGAGAUAUUCCUCAGACACUCCUAACUGCACAAGUACAAAGGAAAGGACAGAAAACAAAUGACUAACUGAUAGAGAUCACAGUCAUACAGGACAUGGGUCUCCAUCAGUUUACAAAUAUCUUAGUAAAUUAAAAUUUAAAUAAAUUUUAAAAAUUUAGCAAAUUUAUCAAUAGCCUAGUCUCUAGAAACCUAUAGACUCAGUUUCCUGGAGUCCCUAAUAUCACCCUUCCCUCCAUAGUGAUGUGGGGAAGGAUUAAAGGCAAGAAGGAAAUGGCAGGUAAAAUUAAAUUUCUUUAUAACCUGCAGCCCAUCGACAAGUACUUGAGGCAAAUAUAGAGUAGUACACUUCUCCAGGAACAUUUGUCCUAGAGGGCCCUACCGCCUUAAUGCUUUGCUAGAGGGCAAAACAACCUUAGCUUGACAAUAGCUAGGCUUCCAGUAAUCUGUGAGUCUUUAGCUUAUGAAAGUCUCUUUGGAAACUUCCCUUUUGACUUUACCUCCCCCAAGUCCAUGGUUCUACACAACCCCAGUGAAGCUCUUCCUGCCCACUGGUCCCGUUCCCGUGCUUUAAUAAAAUCACCUUUUUGCACCAAA